AGAGUAGAAAGCUGUCCUUGGACUUUUUAGAAUCACCUCUUUCUGAUAGAGCUGAAGGAUUAGCUGAACCGUUACUUCAGGAUAUUGUUACUUUUGAGGAAGUGGCCGUGUAUUUCUCCAAGGAGGAGUGGUCUCAACUGGAUGCCGACCAACAGGAGCUCUACAGAGAAGUCAUGCUGGAGAAUUCCAGGAAUGUCCUUUCUCUGGGCUUUAAUGGACAAGAGAAUAAGAAAUGCAAGGAGGAACGCCAAGCAAUCCAUUCGAAGGGGGCGGAAAGGAAAUUUGUAGAUCAGAUGCAACCAAAAAGUGAUGAAACAAAACAAUCACAAAGUGGAAUUAAAAGAAGUCUUCCUCAUGUCAGUUGGCUUCCUAACCAUACAAUGAUUGAUACAGGAGAAAGACCAUAUGAAUCCAUGGAGUGUGGAAAGAAGUUUAAUAAAUCCGAUCAUCUCAUUUCUCAUAAAAAGGCACAUUCAGAAGAGGAACGAACUACCUGCAGGGAGUGUGGAAAAACGUUCUGUGGUAAGUACUACCUUAUAAGACAUCAAAGGAUCCACACAGGAGAACGACCGUAUAAAUGCAUGGAGUGUGGAAAGGCCUUUACUCAUAGCAGUCAUCUUAAUACCCACAGGAGGAUCCACACAGGAGAGAAACCGUAUCAAUGCAUGGAGUGUGGAAAGACCUUUACUUAUAGCGGUCAACUUAACACCCACAGGAGGAUCCACACAGGAGAGAAGCCGUAUCAAUGCAUGGA